GUUGCGGCCGCGCGGUGCAUUGUGGACCGGUGGUGGUGUCAGAGCUAGGCCCUUCCGUUGUCCCCGGCUCGGCCGGCCUCGGGGGCUGGCGGGCGGGAUGUCGGGCUGCGCGGCGCGGCGCUACCUGGCGGCGGCUCUGAGCAGGUGCCGGGUCCGGGCCCGGGCCCUGCCGCUCAGGGAGGCCCCGAGCCGCGGCCUCCGGGCGCUGUGUGCGGGGGGGCCCGGGGGCUGGCAGCUGCCCGCGCGCCGCCACCUCUCGUCCCGGAACCGGGCUGAGGGCAAAGUGCUGGAGACGGUGGGAGUGUUCGAGGCGCCGAAGCCGCAGGGCAAGUACGAGACGGGCCAGCUGUUUCUUCACAGUGUAUUUGGCUACCGAGGAAUAGUCCUGUUUCCCUGGCAAGCCAGGUUGUAUGAUCGGGAUGUUGCUUCUCCUGUUCCGGAAAAGAGUGAGAGUGCAGCAGGGCAUGGAUCCAAAGAAGUCAAAGGCAAAACUCACACCUACUAUCAGGUGCUAAUAGAUGCUCGGGAUUGCCCACAUAUAUCUCAGAGGUCACAGACGGAAGCAGUGACGUUCCUGGCGAAUCAUGACGACAGUCGAGCUCUCUAUGCCAUACCAGGUCUAGACUACGUAAGCCAUGAAGACAUCCUUCCCUACAGCUCCACCGACCAGGUGCCAAUCCAGCAUGAGCUCUUUGAGAGGUUUCUUAUGUACGACCAGACAAAAGUUCCGCCUUUUGUAGCAAGGGACACGCUGUGUGCGUGGCAGGAGAAGAAUCAUCCCUGGUUAGAGCUGUCUGAUGUGCACCGAGAAACCACCGAGAAUAUCCGAGUCACUGUCAUCCCCUUCUACAUGGGCAUGAGGGAAGCCCAGAAUUCCCACGUUUAUUGGUGGCGUUACUGUAUCCGCUUGGAGAACCUUGACAAUGAGGUGGUACAACUGCGAGAACGGCACUGGAGGAUAUUUAGUUUGUCUGGCACCCUGGAAACUGUCCGGGGCCGAGGAGUUGUGGGAAGGGAGCCAGUCUUAUCCAAAGAGCAGCCAGCAUUUCAAUACAGCAGCCAUGUCUCCCUGCAGGCAUCCAGUGGUCACAUGUGGGGUACUUUUCGGUUUGAGAGGCCUGAUGGCUCCCACUUUGAUGUCCGAAUCCCACCCUUCUCAUUGGAAAGCAACAAAGAUGAGAAGACGCCUCCCUCUGGCCUUCACUGGUAGAGCAGUCUAAGCACAGUGCCCCAGGAGAACAGUCGUGCACUGCAGACCUCUGCUUCCCACCCUGCUGCAGCCAGGGAGAUGGAACUUUUCAAUAUUUUAAACCAUUUUGUUUUAACCUUUGCUAAAGGGGAGUUUUUGAACGUUAACACUGGCUCUUUCAGGCUGCUUGUAAGCAUCAUAAGCUGUAUUAGUGGAUCCUUUCUUCCCCCUGGCACUGGCUGGUGCCCGAGCUCGGGGGGGUUAGAACUGUGCUGCUGUGAAGAUGGGCCCCCUCAGCAGGGCUGGGCCCUUUCCAAAUGUGUUUGAAUUCUCUGGGACGUGAGGUUUCUCUUUAAUAAACUGGCCCCUCUAGUUGUA